CGCCGCCGCUGUCUCUCUCUCUCUCUCUCUCUCUCUCUCUCGUGUCACCGGCGGCACCAUCACCAGUCCACGAGCUCCGACGACGACGGUCGCCGCGCCGCCGCCAGGCCCUCCACGAGGUUCGGCGCGCGGCUCGCUCUCUCGCGCAGAUCGAAUCGCGGCGGACGUCGGUCGACCAGAACACCGAACGAGGAGUCGUGUAGGAUUUGUUUCGCCGAUUGUUCGAGGUUGUCCAUUCACUGCAAAGAGAGAAAAAAUGCCAUUGGGAUUGAUACUAGGGUUGGGAAGGGCAUUUAGGAGGAAGCGUACAUCAUCGCUCGAUAUUCUUUCUUCAAAACGUGCUCCAAGAAAUUACUACAAGGGAAAGAAUUGCAAGCCAACUGGUUUUCACACGCGCAAAGGUGGAUAUGUUGUGAUGCAGGAGAAACUACCAAACUAUAUAGUUCCCGAUUUGACUGACUUCAAGCUGAAACCUUAUGUGUCUCAAUGCCCUAUAGAAGUCAAAACUACCGAGGCCACUGAUGCAGCUAAAUAGACUAAGAGCCAUUAGAAGGGAAAUGAUGCAUGAUUGCAUUCAAGGCAUACUGCAGAAGAGUUUGUGGAGAACCUUGGAAGUUAUGCUUUUUUCUGUCUUUCUUUUUUGGCGUGGAGAAUGAUGUCUCAAAACAAAUUUAAUGACCUUUUUGUGACCGCUAAAUUUAAUUACUUUAGUUGCUCCAAUCUAGGUAGGAAUUAUGAACAAUAACAUAGAUGAAGCUGUGUAAUCGAGCAGCCUUUGUUGUUUUGUACAUGUCGAUAUUGUUAUGAUUAUUGAACCAUUGUCCUUUUGGACCUUUUGAAGUAAAAUCUCAUUUAACUGUAA